AUGGACCAGCAUAACCUAAGAGGAUUGCAAGAAAGAGGAUCCAUUAGUGGGAGUAGUAUAGAUCUGGAUGACGAGGAAGAUCUACUGGAAAUGGAUCCACUUCCUAAGGGUAGAGCUUUUUUGUUUUGCAACAUAUUCUCCUUACGACAACGUCUCUCCAUUAGCUUAUUCAAAAAAAGAUAAUUGAAAGAAAAAUUGCAAAAAAUUUUUUAUAGCUUAUAAAGUUUUGAAACAUUUACAGGGGUCGAGGUCUGUGUAGGACAAGGUGCUUCGCGAGAAAUAUCUCCCUUUCCCCAGUCAGAUGCAAGUCUCGACGACAUUAGUCUGAGCUGUAGAUCAUAUACACCCUCAGUUAUCGUUGAAGUAACAUCCGGUAAGUGUACAAUCAUUAAAAUACUUUUUCGCAUCCAGAAAUUGAACAACAAGAGCCAAGUAUUAUGAGCAAAGGAAUGAAAUUGUUAAGUCAAAAGAUAGUGGAAUGGGUGAAAAGUUUGGAUGAGGAAGACGAAUUUGAAUUAAAACCCCCAAAAAGUAAGAAAAAUAAAUCAAAGAUACGAUGAUGUUCAGAUGAUCUGCAAACUGUUCUGGAAGAAAGAACGGACGAAUUCUUUUAUGAUGGUUCUAUCCUUGACGACUACUGUACCAAUCUCUCUCGUUGUACCAUAAUUAUUGCCUUAGCUGAUGUAGUAGCCAUACAACGUAUCAAACACGAUUCUCUCGAUAUACAUCUGGAGCAAUUCUCCGAAAAUAUUGCAAGAAACGCUGUUUUAAACGCCAUGUGCAGGAUGCAACAAAGAUUUAAAACCUCCAUCCCUUCUAAAACCUCCUCGGAACAACGGGAUAUUGCAGAAAAGGUAGUGCAAGAAUCAAUAGAAAACGGAGUACUAAGCUAUCUGUUAAACGGUAAGUCGGCGAAAUAUAACAACAGAAAUUUUAGAAAGGCAAGAUUGCGAAUGGCCAUACUAUUUAAUGGACGAACAAUCAAGUUUUGACACGAUGGGAUACAAUUCCUUACCAAUGGAUUCAAGCAGCGCGAGUAGUUGUACGGAAACCACAGAUCAACAAGACGAACUGUUAACAACCAUAAGCCUCACACAAAGCGAGCCUCAGCCAGAACUGAACAAACAAGAGACCAUUAACAUCAAAGUUCGACAACCAGAAAAACAGCGUAACAUAAGCAGCACACGAGCAGAUCCGCAUAAGAAUAACGGAAAAACGAUCGAAGCGCUACGUAUACCAAUUAUUCCUGUGCAAGGCGAAAAGCAGCAAAACAGGGGAGAUUCGUUUGAAGACUACGGCCUAUUUUCACCGGAAUCACCUGUGAGAGAAGUAACACGGGUAGCUCCUCCUGUACCUCCUCCACCGUCAAUUCCUGUCCAGGAAGAGCUAACAGAAGAAGAACUUGAGCACAUAGCGAGAAUCCAGAGGCUGGCAGAAGGCAUUAACACCGUUGAGCCAACAGUUUCUAUCCCAGAGCCAAUCACUGAGGAAACUUAUGAAAGAACAGCGUCAUCAGCAACCUCUGGAGCCGACGAUGACCACGGAAAGAUUGGAGGAUCGAUAAUUGCCGGAGAUUCGUUUGAAGACCACGGCCUAUUGUCACCGGAACCACCUGUGAGAGAAGUAACACGGGUAGCUCCUCCUGUACCUCCUCCACCGUCAAUUCCUGCCCAAGAAGAGCUCACUGAAGAAGAGCUUGAGCACAUAACGAGAAUCCAGAGGCUGGCAGAAGGCCUUAACACCGUUGAGCCAACAGUUUCUAUCCCAGAGCCAAUCACUGAGGAAACUUAUGAAAGAACAGCGUCAUCAGCAACCUCUGGAGCCGACGAUGAUCAAAGUAAUAUCGAAGGAUCGGUAAUUGCCGGAGAUUCGUUUGAAGACCACGGCCUAUUGUCACCGGAACCACCUGUGAGAGAAGUAACACGGGUAGCUCCUCCUGUACCUCCUCCACCGUCAAUUCCUGCCCAAGAAGAGUUCACUGAAGAAGAACUUGAGCACAUAGCGAGAAUCCAAAGGCUGGCAGAAGGCCUUGACACUGUUGAGCCAACAGUUUCAAUCCCAGAGCCAAUCACUGAGGAAACUUAUGAAAGAACAGCGUCAUCAGCAACCUCUGGAGCCGACGAUGACCACGGAAAGAUCGAAGGAUCGGUAAUUGCCGGAGAUUCGUUUGAAGACCACGGCCUAUUGUCACCGGAACCACCUGUGACAGAAGUAACACGGGUAGCUCCUCCUGUACCUCCUCCACCGUCAAUUCCUGCCCAGGAAGAGCUCACUGAAGAAGAACUUGAGCACAUAGCGAGAAUCCAAAGGCUGGCAGAAGGCCUUGACACUGUUGAGCCAACAGUUUCUAUCCCAGAGCCAAUCACUGAGGAAACUUAUGAAAGAACAGCGUCAUCAGCAACCUCUGGAGCCGACGAUGACCACGGAAAGAUUGGAGGAUCGAUAAUUGCCGGAGAUUCGUUUGAAGACCACGGCCUACUGUCACCGGAAUCACCUGUGAGAGAAGUAACACGGGUAGCUCCUCCUGUACCUCCUCCACCGUCAAUUCCUGUCCAGGAAGAGCUAACAGAAGAAGAAGUUGAGCACAUAACGAGAAUCCAGAGGCUGGCAGAAGGCCUUGACACUGUUGAGCCAACAGUUUCUAUCCCAGAGCCAAUCACUGAGGAAACUUAUGAAAGAACAGCGUCAUCAGCAACCUCUGGAGCCGACGAUGAUCAAAGUAAGAUCGAAGGAUCGGUAAUUGCCGGAGAUUCGUUUGAAGACCACGGCCUAUUGUCACCGGAACCACCUGUGAGAGAAGUAACACGGGUAGCUCCUUCUGUACCUCCUCCACCGUCAAUUCCUGCCCAAGAAGAGCUCACUGAAGAAGAACUUGAGCACAUAGCGAGAAUCCAAAGGCUGGCAGAAGGCCUUGACACUGUUGAGCCAACAGUUUCUAUCCCAGAGCCAAUCACUGAGGAAACUUAUGAAAGAACAGCGUCAUCAGCAACCUCUGGAGCCGACGAUGAUCAAAGUAAGAUCGAAGGAUCGGUAAUUGCCGGAGAUUCGUUUGAAGACCACGGCCUAUUGUCACCGGAACCACCUGUGAGAGAAGUAACACGGGUAGCUCCUCCUGUACCUCCUCCACCGUCAAUUCCUGCCCAAGAAGAGCUCACUGAAGAAGAACUUGAGCACAUAGCGAGAAUCCAAAGGCCGGCAGAAGGCCUUGACACUGUUGAGCCAACAGUUUCAAUCCCAGAGCCAAUCACUGAGGAAACUUAUGAAAGAACAGCGUCAUCAGCAACCUCUGGAGCCGACGAUGACCACGGAAAGAUUGGAGGAUCGAUAAUUGCCGGAGAUUCGUUUGAAGACCACGGCCUACUGUCACCGGAAUCACCUGUGAGAGAAGUAACACGGGUAGCUCCUCCUGUACCUCCUCCACCGUCAAUUCCUGCCCAAGAAGAGUUCACUGAAGAAGAACUUGAGCACAUAGCGAGAAUCCAAAGGCUGGCAGAAGGCCUUGACACUGUUGAGCCAACAGUUUCAAUCCCAGAGCCAAUCACUGAGGAAACUUAUGAAAGAACAGCGUCAUCAGCAACCUCUGGAGCCGACGAUGACCACGGAAAGAUCGAAGGAUCGGUAAUUGCCGGAGAUUCGUUUGAAGACCACGGCCUAUUGUCACCGGAACCACCUGUGACAGAAGUAACACGGGUAGCUCCUCCUGUACCUCCUCCACCGUCAAUUCCUGCCCAGGAAGAGCUCACUGAAGAAGAACUUGAGCACAUAGCGAGAAUCCAAAGGCCGGCAGAAGGCCUUGACACUGUUGAGCCAACAGUUUCUAUCCCAGAGCCAAUCACUGAGGAAACUUAUGAAAGAACAGCGUCAUCAGCAACCUCUGGAGCCGACGAUGACCACGGAAAGAUUGGAGGAUCGAUAAUUGCCGGAGAUUCGUUUGAAGACCACGGCCUACUGUCACCGGAAUCACCUGUGAGAGAAGUAACACGGGUAGCUCCUCCUGUACCUCCUCCACCGUCAAUUCCUGUCCAGGAAGAGCUAACAGAAGAAGAAGUUGAGCACAUAACGAGAAUCCAGAGGCUGGCAGAAGGCCUUGACACUGUUGAGCCAACAGUUUCUAUCCCAGAGCCAAUCACUGAGGAAACUUAUGAAAGAACAGCGUCAUCAGCAACCUCUGGAGCCGACGAUGAUCAAAGUAAGAUCGAAGGAUCGGUAAUUGCCGGAGAUUCGUUUGAAGACCACGGCCUAUUGUCACCGGAACCACCUGUGAGAGAAGUAACACGGGUAGCUCCUUCUGUACCUCCUCCACCGUCAAUUCCUGCCCAAGAAGAGCUCACUGAAGAAGAACUUGAGCACAUAGCGAGAAUCCAAAGGCUGGCAGAAGGCCUUGACACUGUUGAGCCAACAGUUUCUAUCCCAGAGCCAAUCACUGAGGAAACUUAUGAAAGAACAGCGUCAUCAGCAACCUCUGGAGCCGACGAUGAUCAAAGUAAGAUCGAAGGAUCGGUAAUUGCCGGAGAUUCGUUUGAAGACCACGGCCUAUUGUCACCGGAACCACCUGUGAGAGAAGUAACACGGGUAGCUCCUCCUGUACCUCCUCCACCGUCAAUUCCUGCCCAAGAAGAGCUCACUGAAGAAGAACUUGAGCACAUAGCGAGAAUCCAAAGGCCGGCAGAAGGCCUUGACACUGUUGAGCCAACAGUUUCAAUCCCAGAGCCAAUCACUGAGGAAACUUAUGAAAGAACAGCGUCAUCAGCAACCUCUGGAGCCGACGAUGACCACGGAAAGAUUGGAGGAUCGAUAAUUGCCGGAGAUUCGUUUGAAGACCACGGCCUACUGUCACCGGAAUCACCUGUGAGAGAAGUAACACGGGUAGCUCCUCCUGUACCUCCUCCACCGUCAAUUCCUGUCCAGGAAGAGCUAACAGAAGAAGAAGUUGAGCACAUAACGAGAAUCCAGAGGCUGGCAGAAGGCCUUGACACUGUUGAGCCAACAGUUUCUAUCCCAGAGCCAAUCACUGAGGAAACUUAUGAAAGAACAGGGUCAUCAGCAACCUCUGGAGCCGACGAUGAUCAAAGUAAGAUCGAAGGAUCGGUAAUUGCCGGAGAUUCGUUUGAAGACCACGGCCUAUUGUCACCGGAACCACCUGUGAGAGAAGUAACACGGGUAGCUCCUUCUGUACCUCCUCCACCGUCAAUUCCUGCCCAAGAAGAGCUCACUGAAGAAGAACUUGAGCACAUAGCGAGAAUCCAAAGGCUGGCAGAAGGCCUUGACACUGUUGAGCCAACAGUUUCUAUCCCAGAGCCAAUCACUGAGGAAACUUAUGAAAGAACAGCGUCAUCAGCAACCUCUGGAGCCGACGAUGAUCAAAGUAAGAUCGAAGGAUCGGUAAUUGCCGGAGAUUCGUUUGAAGACCACGGCCUAUUGUCACCGGAACCACCUGUGAGAGAAGUAACACGGGUAGCUCCUCCUGUACCUCCUCCACCGUCAAUUCCUGCCCAAGAAGAGCUCACUGAAGAAGAACUUGAGCACAUAGCGAGAAUCCAAAGGCCGGCAGAAGGCCUUGACACUGUUGAGCCAACAGUUUCAAUCCCAGAGCCAAUCACUGAGGAAACUUAUGAAAGAACAGCGUCAUCAGCAACCUCUGGAGCCGACGAUGACCACGGAAAGAUUGGAGGAUCGAUAAUUGCCGGAGAUUCGUUUGAAGACCACGGCCUAUUGUCACCGGAACCACCUGUGAGAGAAGUAACACGGGUAGCUCCUCCUGUACCUCCUCCACCGUCAAUUCCUGCCCAAGAAGAGCUCACUGAAGAAGAACUUGAGCACAUAGCGAGAAUCCAAAGGCUGGCAGAAGGCCUUGACACUGUUGAGCCAACAGUUUCAAUCCCAGAGCCAAUCACUGAGGAAACUUAUGAAAGAACAGCGUCAUCAGCAACCUCUGGAGCCGACGAUGACCACGGAAAGAUCGAAGGAUCGGUAAUUGCCGGAGAUUCGUUUGAAGACCACGGCCUACUGUCACCGGAACCACCUGUGAGAGAAGUAACACGGGUAGCUCCUCCUGUACCUCCUCCACCGUCAAUUCCUGCCCAAGAAGAGCUCACUGAAGAAGAACUUGAGCACAUAGCGAGAAUCCAAAGGCCGGCAGAAGGCCUUGACACUGUUGAGCCAACAGUUUCAAUCCCAGAGCCAAUCACUGAGGAAACUUAUGAAAGAACAGCGUCAUCAGCAACCUCUGGAGCCGACGAUGACCACGGAAAGAUUGGAGGAUCGAUAAUUGCCGGAGAUUCGUUUGAAGACGACGGCCUAUUGUCACCGGAAUCACCUGUGAGAGAAGUAACACGGGUAGCUCCUCCUGUACCUCCUCCACCGUCAAUUCCUGUCCAGGAAGAGCUAACAGAAGAAGAAGUUGAGCACAUAACGAGAAUCCAGAGGCUGGCAGAAGGCCUUGACACUGUUGAGCCAACAGUUUCUAUCCCAGAGCCAAUCACUGAGGAAACUUAUGAAAUAACAGCGUCAUCAGCAACCUCUGGAGCCGACGAUGACCACGGAAAGAUUGGAGGAUCGAUAAUUGCCGGAGAUUCGUUUGAAGACCACGGCCUAUUGUCACCGGAAUCACCUGUGAGAGAAGUAACACGGGUAGCUCCUCCUGUACCUCCUCCACCGUCAAUUCCUGUCCAGGAAGAGCUAACAGAAGAAGAAGUUGAGCACAUAACGAGAAUCCAGAGGCUGGCAGAAGGCCUUGACACUGUUGAGCCAACAGUUUCUAUCCCAGAGCCAAUCACUGAGGAAACUUAUGAAAGAACAGCGUCAUCAGCAACCUCUGGAGCCGACGAUGAUCAAAGUAAGAUCGAAGGAUCGGUAAUUGCCGGAGAUUCGUUUGAAGACCACGGCCUAUUGUCACCGGAACCACCUGUGAGAGAAGUAACACGGGUAGCUCCUCCUGUACCUCCUCCACCGUCAAUUCCUGCCCAAGAAGAGCUCACUGAAGAAGAACUUGAGCACAUAGCGAGAAUCCAAAGGCUGGCAGAAGGCCUUGACACUGUUGAGCCAACAGUUUCAAUCCCAGAGCCAAUCACUGAGGAAACUUAUGAAAGAACAGCGUCAUCAGCAACCUCUGGAGCCGACGAUGACCACGGAAAGAUUGGAGGAUCGAUAAUUGCCGGAGAUUCGUUUGAAGACGACGGCCUAUUGUCACCGGAAUCACCUGUGAGAGAAGUACCACGGGUAGCUCCUCCUGUACCUCCUCCACCGUCAAUUCCUGUCCAGGAAGAGCUAACAGAAGAAGAACUUGAGCACAUAACGAGAAUCCAGAGGCUGGCAGAAGGCCUUGACACCGUUGAGCCAACAGUUUCAAUCCCAGAGCCAAUCACUGAGGAAACUUAUGAAAGAACAGCGUCAUCAGCAACCUCUGGAGCCGACGAUGACCACGGAAAGAUUGGAGGAUCGAUAAUUGCCGGAGAUUCGUUUGAAGACCACGGCCUAUUGUCACCGGAAUCACCUGUGAGAGAAAUAACACGGGUAGCUCCUCCUGUACCUCCUCCACCGUCAAUUCCUGUCCAGGAAGAGCUAACAGAAGAAGAAGUUGAGCACACAACGAGAAUCCAGAGGCUGGCAGAAGGCCUUGACACUGUUGAGCCAACAGUUUCUAUCCGAGAGCCAAUCACUGAGGAAACUUAUGAAAGAACAGCGUCAUCAGCAACCUCUGGAGCCGACGAUGACCACGGAAAGAUCGAAGGAUCGGUAAUUGCCGGAGAUUCGUUUGAAGACCACGGCCUAUUGUCACCGGAACCACCUGUGAGAGAAGUAACACGGGUAGCUCCUCCUGUACCUCCUCCACCGUCAAUUCCUGCCCAAGAAGAGCUCACUGAAGAAGAACUUGAGCACAUAGCGAGAAUCCAAAGGCCGGCAGAAGGCCUUGACACUGUUGAGCCAACAGUUUCAAUCCCAGAGCCAAUCACUGAGGAAACUUAUGAAAGAACAGCGUCAUCAGCAACCUCUGGAGCCGACGAUGACCACGGAAAGAUUGGAGGAUCGAUAAUUGCCGGAGAUUCGUUUGAAGACCACGGCCUAUUGUCACCGGAACCACCUGUGAGAGAAGUAACACGGGUAGCUCCUCCUCCACCGUCAAUUCCUGCCCAAGAAGAGCUCACUGAAGAAGAACUUGAGCACAUAGCGAGAAUCCAAAGGCUGGCAGAAGGCCUUGACACUGUUGAGCCAACAGUUUCAAUCCCAGAGCCAAUCACUGAGGAAACUUAUGAAAGAACAGCGUCAUCAGCAACCUCUGGAGCCGACGAUGACCACGGAAAGAUCGAAGGAUCGGUAAUUGCCGGAGAUUCGUUUGAAGACCACGGCCUAUUGUCACCGGAACCACCUGUGAGAGAAGUAACACGGGUAGCUCCUCCUGUACCUCCUCCACCGUCAAUUCCUGCCCAAGAAGAGCUCACUGAAGAAGAACUUGAGCACAUAGCGAGAAUCCAAAGGCCGGCAGAAGGCCUUGACACUGUUGAGCCAACAGUUUCAAUCCCAGAGCCAAUCACUGAGGAAACUUAUGAAAGAACAGCGUCAUCAGCAACCUCUGGAGCCGACGAUGACCACGGAAAGAUUGGAGGAUCGAUAAUUGCCGGAGAUUCGUUUGAAGACCACGGCCUAUUGUCACCGGAAUCACCUGUGAGAGAAGUAACACGGGUAGCUCCUCCUGUACCUCCUCCACCGUCAAUUCCUGUCCAGGAAGAGCUAACAGAAGAAGAACUUGAGCACAUAACGAGAAUCCAGAGGCUGGCAGAAGGCCUUGACACCGUUGAGCCAACAGUUUCAAUCCCAGAGCCAAUCACUGAGGAAACUUAUGAAAGAACAGCGUCAUCAGCAACCUCUGGAGCCGACGAUGACCACGGAAAGAUUGGAGGAUCGAUAAUUGCCGGAGAUUCGUUUGAAGACCACGGCCUAUUGUCACCGGAACCACCUGUGAGAGAAGUAACACGGGUAGCUCCUCCUGUACCUCCUCCACCGUCAAUUCCUGCCCAAGAAGAGCUCACUGAAGAAGAACUUGAGCACAUAGCGAGAAUCCAAAGGCUGGCAGAAGGCCUUGACACUGUUGAGCCAACAGUUUCAAUCCCAGAGCCAAUCACUGAGGAAACUUAUGAAAGAACAGCGUCAUCAGCAACCUCUGGAGCCGACGAUGACCACGGAAAGAUCGAAGGAUCGGUAAUUGCCGGAGAUUCGUUUGAAGACCACGGCCUAUUGUCACCGGAACCACCUGUGAGAGAAGUAACACGGGUAGCUCCUCCUGUACCUCCUCCACCGUCAAUUCCUGCCCAAGAAGAGCUCACUGAAGAAGAACUUGAGCACAUAGCGAGAAUCCAAAGGCCGGCAGAAGGCCUUGACACUGUUGAGCCAACAGUUUCAAUCCCAGAGCCAAUCACUGAGGAAACUUAUGAAAGAACAGCGUCAUCAGCAACCUCUGGAGCCGACGAUGACCACGGAAAGAUUGGAGGAUCGAUAAUUGCCGGAGAUUCGUUUGAAGACCACGGCCUAUUGUCACCGGAACCACCUGUGAGAGAAGUAACACGGGUAGCUCCUCCUGUACCUCCUCCACCGUCAAUUCCUGCCCAAGAAGAGCUCACUGAAGAAGAACUUGAGCACAUAGCGAGAAUCCAAAGGCUGGCAGAAGGCCUUGACACUGUUGAGCCAACAGUUUCAAUCCCAGAGCCAAUCACUGAGGAAACUUAUGAAAGAACAGCGUCAUCAGCAACCUCUGGAGCCGACGAUGAUCAAAGUAAAGUCGAAGGAUCGAUAAUUGCCGGAGAUUCGUUUGAAGACCACGGCCUAUUGUCACCGGAACCACCUGUGAGAGAAGUAACACGGGUAGCUCCUCCUGUACCUCCUCCACCGUCAAUUCCUGCCCAAGAAGAGCUCACUGAAGAAGAACUUGAGCACAUAGCGAGAAUCCAAAGGCCGGCAGAAGGCCUUGACACUGUUGAGCCAACAGUUUCAAUCCCAGAGCCAAUCACUGAGGAAACUUAUGAAAGAACAGCGUCAUCAGCAACCUCUGGAGCCGACGAUGACCACGGAAAGAUUGGAGGAUCGAUAAUUGCCGGAGAUUCGUUUGAAGACCACGGCCUAUUGUCACCGGAAUCACCUGUGAGAGAAGUAACACGGGUAGCUUCUCCUGUACCUCCUCCACCGUCAAUUCCUGUCCAGGAAGAGCUAACAGAAGAAGAACUUGAGCACAUAACGAGAAUCCAGAGGCUGGCAGAAGGCCUUGACACCGUUGAGCCAACAGUUUCAAUCCCAGAGCCAAUCACUGAGGAAACUUAUGAAAGAACAGCGUCAUCAGCAACCUCUGGAGCCGACGAUGACCACGGAAAGAUUGGAGGAUCGAUAAUUGCCGGAGAUUCGUUUGAAGACCACGGCCUAUUGUCACCGGAAUCACCUGUGAGAGAAAUAACACGGGUAGCUCCUCCUGUACCUCCUCCACCGUCAAUUCCUGUCCAGGAAGAGCUAACAGAAGAAGAAGUUGAGCACAUAACGAGAAUCCAGAGGCUGGCAGAAGGCCUUGACACUGUUGAGCCAACAGUUUCUAUCCCAGAGCCAAUCACUGAGGAAACUUAUGAAAGAACAGCGUCAUCAGCAACCUCUGGAGCCGACGAUGACCACGGAAAGAUUGGAGGAUCGAUAAUUGCCGGAGAUUCGUUUGAAGACCACGGCCUAUUGUCACCGGAAUCACCUGUGAGAGAAGUAACACGGGUAGCUCCUCCUGUACCUCCUCCACCGUCAAUUCCUGUCCAGGAAGAGCUAAUAGAAGAAGAACUUGAGCACAUAGCGAGAAUCCAGAGGCUGGCAGAAGGCCAUGACACUGUUGAGCCAACAGUUUCUAUCCCAGAGCCAAUCACUGAGGAAACUUAUGAAAGAACAGCGUCAUCAGCAACCUCUGGAGCCGACGAUGAUCAAAGUAAAGAUCGAAGGAUCGAUAAUUGCCGGAGAUUCGUUUGAGGACCAUGGCCUAUUGUCACCGGAAUCACCUGUGAGAGAAGUAACACGGGAAGCUCCUCCUUUACCUCCUCUACCGGCAAUUCCUGCCCAGGAAGAGCUCACUGAAGAAGAACUUGAGCACAUAGCGAGAAUCCAGAGGCUGGCAGAAGGCCUUGACACUGUUGAGCCAACAGUUUCUAUCCCAGAGCCAAUCACUGAGGAAACUUAUGAAAGAACAGCGUCAUUAGCAACCUCUGGAGCCGACGAUGAUCAAAGUAAGAUCGAAGGAUCGGUAAUUGCCGGAGAUUCGUUUGAAGACCACGGCCUAUUGUCACCGGAAUCACCUGUGAGAGAAGUAACACGGGUAGCUCCUCCUGUACCUCCUCCACCGUCAAUUCCUGUCCAGGAAGAGCUAAUAGAAGAAGAACUUGAGCACAUAGCGAGAAUCCAGAGGCUGGCAGAAGGCCAUGACACUGUUGAGCCAACAGUUUCUAUCCCAGAGCCAAUCACUGAGGAAACUUAUGAAAGAACAGCGUCAUCAGCAACCUCUGGAGCCGACGAUGAUCAAAGUAAAGUCGAAGGAUCGAUAAUUGCCGGAGAUUCGUUUGAGGACCAUGGCCUAUUGUCACCGGAAUCACCUGUGAGAGAAGUAACACGGGAAGCUCCUCCUUUACCUCCUCUACCGGCAAUUCCUGCCCAGGAAGAGCUCACUGAAGAAGAACUUGAGCACAUAGCGAGAAUCCAGAGGCUGGCAGAAGGCCUUGACACUGUUGAGCCAACAGUUUCUAUCCCAGAGCCAAUCACUGAGGAAACUUAUGAAAGAACAGCGUCAUUAGCAACCUCUGGAGCCGACGAUGAUCAAAGUAAGAUCGAAGGAUCGGUAAUUGCCGGAGAUUCGUUUGAAGACCACGGCCUAUUGUCACCGGAAUCACCUGUGAGAGAAGUAACACGGGUAGCUCCUCCUGUACCUCCUCCACCGUCAAUUCCUGUCCAGGAAGAGCUAACAGAAGAAGAACUUGAGCACAUAGCGAGAAUCCAGAGGCUGGCAGAAGGCCUUGACACUGUUGAGCCAACAGUUUCUAUCCCAGAGCCAAUCACUGAGGAAACUUAUGAAAGAACAGCGUCAUCAGCAACCUCUGGAGCCGACGAUGAUCAAAGUAAGAUCGAAGGAUCGGUAAUUGCCGGAGAUUCGUUUGAAGACCACGGCCUAUUGUCACCGGAAUCACCUGUGAGAGAAGUAACACGGGUAGCUCCUCCUGUACCUCCUCCACCGUCAAUUCCUGUCCAGGAAGAGCUAAUAGAAGAAGAACUUGAGCACAUAGCGAGAAUCCAGAGGCUGGCAGAAGGCCAUGACACUGUUGAGCCAACAGUUUCUAUCCCAGAGCCAAUCACUGAGGAAACUUAUGAAAGAACAGCGUCAUCAGCAACCUCUGGAGCCGACGAUGAUCAAAGUAAGAUCGAAGGAUCGGUAAUUGCCGGAGAUUCGUUUGAAGACCACGGCCUAUUGUCACCGGAAUCACCUGUGAGAGAAGUAACACGGGUAGCUCCUCCUGUACCUCCUCCACCGUCAAUUCCUGUCCAGGAAGAGCUAACAGAAGAAGAACUUGAGCACAUAGCGAGAAUCCAGAGGCUGGCAGAAGGCCUUGACACUGUUGAGCCAACAGUUUCUAUCCCAGAGCCAAUCACUGAGGAAACUUAUGAAAGAACAGCGUCAUCAGCAACCUCUGGAGCCGACGAUGAUCAAAGUAAAGUCGAAGGAUCGAUAAUUGCCGGAGAUUCGUUUGAGGACCAUGGCCUAUUGUCACCGGAAUCACCUGUGAGAGAAGUAACACGGGAAGCUCCUCCUUUACCUCCUCUACCGGCAAUUCCUGCCCAGGAAGAGCUCACUGAAGAAGAACUUGAGCACAUAGCGAGAAUCCAGAGGCUGGCAGAAGGCCUUGACACUGUUGAGCCAACAGUUUCUAUCCCAGAGCCAAUUACUGAGGAAACUUAUGAAAGAACAGCGUCAUCAGCAACCUCUGUAGCCGACGAUGAUCAAAGUAAGGUCGAAGGACCGAUAAUUGCCGGAGAUUCAUUUGAAGACCACGGCCUAUUAUCAUCGGAAUCACCUGUGAAAGAAGUAACACGGGAAGCUCCUCCUUUACCUCCUCUACCGGCAAUUCCUGCCCAGGAAGAGCUCACUGAAGAAGAACUUGAGCACAUAGCGAGAAUCCAGAGGCUGGCAGAAGGCCUUGACACUGUUGAGCCAACAGUUUCUAUCCCAGAGCCAAUCACUGAGGAAACGUAUGAAAGAACAGCGUCAUUAGCAACCUCUGGAGCCGACGAUUAUCAAAGUAAGAUCGAAGGAUCGGUAAUUGCCGGAGAUUCGUUUGAAGACCACGGCCUAUUGUCACCGGAACCACCUGUGAGAGAAGUAACACGGGUAGCUCCUCCUGUACCUCCUCCACUGUCAAUUCCUGCCCAAGAAGAGCUCACUGAAGAAGAACUUGAGCACAUAGCGAGAAUCCAAAGGCCGGCAGAAGGCCUUGACACUGUUGAGCCAACAGUUUCAAUCCCAGAGCCAAUCACUGAGGAAACUUAUGAAAGAACAGCGUCAUCAGCAACCUCUGGAGCCGACGAUGACCACGGAAAGAUUGGAGGAUCGAUAAUUGCCGGAGAUUCGUUUGAAGACCACGGCCUAUUGUCACCGGAACCACCUGUGAGAGAAGUAACACGGGUAGCUCCUCCUCCACCGUCGAUUCCUGCCCAAGAAGAGCUCACUGAAGAAGAACUUGAGCACAUAGCGAGAAUCCAAAGGCUGGCAGAAGGCCUUGACACUGUUGGGCCAACAGUUUCAAUCCCAGAGCCAAUCACUGAGGAAACUUAUGAAAGAACAGCGUCAUCAGCAACCUCUGGAGCCGACGAUGACCACGGAAAGAUCGAAGGAUCGAUAAUUGCCGGAGAUUCGUUUGAAGACCACGGCCUAUUGUCACCGGAACCACCUGUGAGAGAAGUAACACGGGUAGCUCCUCCUGUACCUCCUCCACCGUCAAUUCCUGCCCAAGAAGAGCUCACUGAAGAAGAACUUGAGCACAUAGCGAGAAUCCAGAGGCUGGCAGAAGGCCUUGACACUGUUGAGCCAACAGUUUCUAUCCCAGAGCCAAUCACUGAGGAAACUUAUGAAAGAACAGCGUCAUCAGCAACCUCUGGAGCCGACGAUGACCACGGAAAGAUUGGAGGAUCGAUAAUUGCCGGAGAUUCGUUUGAAGACCACGGCCUAUUGUCACCGGAAUCACCUGUGAGAGAAGUAACACGGGUAGCUCCUCCUGUACCUCCUCCACCGUCAAUUCCUGUCCAGGAAGAGCUAACAGAAGAAGAAGUUGAGCACAUAACGAGAAUCCAGAGGCUGGCAGAAGGCCUUGACACUGUUGAGCCAACAGUUUCUAUCCCAGAGCCAAUCACUGAGGAAACUUAUGAAAGAACAGCGUCAUCAGCAACCUCUGGAGCCGACGAUGACCACGGAAAGAUUGGAGGAUCGAUAAUUGCCGGAGAUUCGUUUGAAGACCACGGCCUAUUGUCACCGGAAUCACCUGUGAGAGAAGUAACACGGGUAGCUCCUCCUGUACCUCCUCCACCGUCAAUUCCUGUCCAGGAAGAGCUAAUAGAAGAAGAACUUGAGCACAUAGCGAGAAUCCAGAGGCUGGCAGAAGGCCAUGACACUGUUGAGCCAACAGUUUCUAUCCCAGAGCCAAUCACUGAGGAAACUUAUGAAAGAACAGCGUCAUCAGCAACCUCUGGAGCCGACGAUGAUCAAAGUAAGAUCGAAGGAUCGGUAAUUGCCGGAGAUUCGUUUGAAGACCACGGCCUAUUGUCACCGGAAUCACCUGUGAGAGAAGUAACACGGGUAGCUCCUCCUGUACCUCCUCCACCGUCAAUUCCUGUCCAGGAAGAGCUAACAGAAGAAGAACUUGAGCACAUAGCGAGAAUCCAGAGGCUGGCAGAAGGCCUUGACACUGUUGAGCCAACAGUUUCUAUCCCAGAGCCAAUCACUGAGGAAACUUAUGAAAGAACAGCGUCAUCAGCAACCUCUGGAGCCGACGAUGAUCAAAGUAAAGUCGAAGGAUCGAUAAUUGCCGGAGAUUCGUUUGAGGACCAUGGCCUAUUGUCACCGGAAUCACCUGUGAGAGAAGUAACACGGGAAGCUCCUCCUUUACCUCCUCUACCGGCAAUUCCUGCCCAGGAAGAGCUCACUGAAGAAGAACUUGAGCACAUAGCGAGAAUCCAGAGGCUGGCAGAAGGCCUUGACACUGUUGAGCCAACAGUUUCUAUCCCAGAGCCAAUCACUGAGGAAACGUAUGAAAGAACAGCGUCAUUAGCAACCUCUGGAGCCGACGAUGAUCAAAGUAAGAUCGAAGGAUCGGUAAUUGCCGGAGAUUCGUUUGAAGACCACGGCCUAUUGUCACCGGAAUCACCUGUGAGAGAAGUAACACGGGUAGCUCCUCCUGUACCUCCUCCACCGUCAAUUCCUGUCCAGGAAGAGCUAACAGAAGAAGAACUUGAGCACAUAGCGAGAAUCCAGAGGCUGGCAGAAGGCCUUGACACUGUUGAGCCAACAGUUUCUAUCCCAGAGCCAAUCACUGAGGAAACUUAUGAAAGAACAGCGUCAUCAGCAACCUCUGGAGCCGACGAUGAUCAAAGUAAGAUCGAAGGAUCGGUAAUUGCCGGAGAUUCGUUUGAAGACCACGGCCUAUUGUCACCGGAAUCACCUGUGAGAGAAGUAACACGGGUAGCUCCUCCUGUACCUCCUCCACCGUCAAUUCCUGUCCAGGAAGAGCUAAUAGAAGAAGAACUUGAGCACAUAGCGAGAAUCCAGAGGCUGGCAGAAGGCCAUGACACUGUUGAGCCAACAGUUUCUAUCCCAGAGCCAAUCACUGAGGAAACUUAUGAAAGAACAGCGUCAUCAGCAACCUCUGGAGCCGACGAUGAUCAAAGUAAGAUCGAAGGAUCGGUAAUUGCCGGAGAUUCGUUUGAAGACCACGGCCUAUUGUCACCGGAAUCACCUGUGAGAGAAGUAACACGGGUAGCUCCUCCUGUACCUCCUCCACCGUCAAUUCCUGUCCAGGAAGAGCUAACAGAAGAAGAACUUGAGCACAUAGCGAGAAUCCAGAGGCUGGCAGAAGGCCAUGACACUGUUGAGCCAACAGUUUCUAUCCCAGAGCCAAUCACUGAGGAAACUUAUGAAAGAACAGCGUCAUCAGCAACCUCUGGAGCCGACGAUGAUCAAAGUAAGAUCGAAGGAUCGGUAAUUGCCGGAGAUUCGUUUGAAGACCACGGCCUAUUGUCACCGGAAUCACCUGUGAGAGAAGUAACACGGGUAGCUCCUCCUGUACCUCCUCCACCGUCAAUUCCUGUCCAGGAAGAGCUAACAGAAGAAGAACUUGAGCACAUAGCGAGAAUCCAGAGGCUGGCAGAAGGCCUUGACACUGUUGAGCCAACAGUUUCUAUCCCAGAGCCAAUCACUGAGGAAACUUAUGAAAGAACAGCGUCAUCAGCAACCUCUGGAGCCGACGAUGAUCAAAGUAAAGUCGAAGGAUCGAUAAUUGCCGGAGAUUCGUUUGAGGACCAUGGCCUAUUGUCACCGGAAUCACCUGUGAGAGAAGUAACACGGGAAGCUCCUCCUUUACCUCCUCUACCGGCAAUUCCUGCCCAGGAAGAGCUCACUGAAGAAGAACUUGAGCACAUAGCGAGAAUCCAGAGGCUGGCAGAAGGCCUUGACACUGUUGAGCCAACAGUUUCUAUCCCAGAGCCAAUUACUGAGGAAACUUAUGAAAGAACAGCGUCAUCAGCAACCUCUGUAGCCGACGAUGAUCAAAGUAAGGUCGAAGGACCGAUAAUUGCCGGAGAUUCAUUUGAAGACCACGGCCUAUUAUCAUCGGAAUCACCUGUGAAAGAAGUAACACGGGAAGCUCCUCCUUUACCUCCUCUACCGGCAAUUCCUGCCCAGGAAGAGCUCACUGAAGAAGAACUUGAGCACAUAGCGAGAAUCCAGAGGCUGGCAGAAGGCCUUGACACUGUUGAGCCAACAGUUUCUAUCCCAGAGCCAAUCACUGAGGAAACGUAUGAAAGAACAGCGUCAUUAGCAACCUCUGGAGCCGACGAUUAUCAAAGUAAGAUCGAAGGAUCGGUAAUUGCCGGAGAUUCGUUUGAAGACCACGGCCUAUUGUCACCGGAAUCACCUGUGAGAGAAGUAACACGGGUAGCUCCUCCUGUACCUCCUCCACCGUCAAUUCCUGUCCAGGAAGAGCUAACAGAAGAAGAACUUGAGCACAUAGCGAGAAUCCAGAGGCUGGCAGAAGGCCUUGACACUGUUGAGCCAACAGUUUCUAUCCCAGAGCCAAUCACUGAGGAAACUUAUGAAAGAACAGCGUCAUCAGCAACCUCUGGAGCCGACGAUGAUCAAAGUAAGAUCGAAGGAUCGGUAAUUGCCGGAGAUUCGUUUGAAGACCACGGCCUAUUGUCACCGGAAUCACCUGUGAGAGAAGUAACACGGGUAGCUCCUCCUGUACCUCCUCCACCGUCAAUUCCUGUCCAGGAAGAGCUAAUAGAAGAAGAACUUGAGCACAUAGCGAGAAUCCAGAGGCUGGCAGAAGGCCAUGACACUGUUGAGCCAACAGUUUCUAUCCCAGAGCCAAUCACUGAGGAAACUUAUGAAAGAACAGCGUCAUCAGCAACCUCUGGAGCCGACGAUGAUCAAAGUAAAGUCGAAGGAUCGAUAAUUGCCGGAGAUUCGUUUGAGGACCAUGGCCUAUUGUCACCGGAAUCACCUGUGAGAGAAGUAACACGGGAAGCUCCUCCUUUACCUCCUCUACCGGCAAUUCCUGCCCAGGAAGAGCUCACUGAAGAAGAACUUGAGCACAUAGCGAGAAUCCAGAGGCUGGCAGAAGGCCUUGACACUGUUGAGCCAACAGUUUCUAUCCCAGAGCCAAUCACUGAGGAAACGUAUGAAAGAACAGCGUCAUUAGCAACCUCUGGAGCCGACGAUGAUCAAAGUAAGAUCGAAGGAUCGGUAAUUGCCGGAGAUUCGUUUGAAGACCACGGCCUAUUGUCACCGGAAUCACCUGUGAGAGAAGUAACACGGGAAGCUCCUCCUUUACCUCCUCUACCGGCAAUUCCUGUCCAGGAAGAGCUAACAGAAGAAGAACUUGAGCACAUAGCGAGAAUCCAGAGGCUGGCAGAAGGCCUUGACACUGUUGAGCCAACAGUUUCUAUCCCAGAGCCAAUUACUGAGGAAACUUAUGAAAGAACAGCGUCAUCAGCAACCUCUGUAGCCGACGAUGAUCAAAGUAAGGUCGAAGGACCGAUAAUUGCCGGAGAUUCAUUUGAAGACCACGGCCUAUUAUCAUCGGAAUCACCUGUGAAAGAAGUAACACGGGAAGCUCCUCCUUUACCUCCUCUACCGGCAAUUCCUGUCCAGGAAGAGCUAAUAGAAGAAGAACUUGAGCACAUAACAAGGAUCCAAAGGCUGGCAGAAGGCCUUGACACUGUUGAGCCAACAGUUUCUAUCCCAGAGCCAAUCACUGAGGAAACUUAUGAAAGAACAGCGUCAUCAGCAACCACUGGAGCCGACAAUGAUCAAAGUAAGAUCGAAGGAUCGAUAAUUGCCGGAGAUUCGUUUGAAGACCACGGCCUAUUAUCAUCGGAAUCACCUGUGAAAGAAGUAACACGGGAAGCUCCUCCUUUACCUCCUCUACCGGCAAUUCCUGCCCAGGAAGAGCUCACUGAAGAAGAACUUGAGCACAUAGCGAGAAUCCAGAGGCUGGCAGAAGGCCUUGACACUGUUGAGCCAACAGUUUCUAUCCCAGAGCCAAUCACUGAGGAAACUUAUGAAAGAACAGCGUCAUCAGCAACCUCUGGAGCCGACGAUGAUCAAAGUAAAGUCGAAGGAUCGAUAAUUGCCGGAGAUUCGUUUGAGGACCAUGGCCUAUUGUUAUCGGCAUCACCUGUGAAAGAAGUAACACGGGAAGCUCCUCCUGUACCUCCUCCACCGUCAAUUCCUGCCCAAGAAGAGCUCACUGAAGAAGAAUUUGAGCACAUAGCGAGAAUCCAGAGGCUGGCAGAAGGCCUUGACACUGUUGAGCCAACAGUUUCUAUCCCAGAGCCAAUCACUGAGGAAACUUAUGAAAGAACAGCGUCAUCAGCAACCUCUGGAGCCGACGAUGACCACGGAAAGAUUGGAGGAUCGAUAAUUGCCGGAGAUUCGUUUGAAGACCACGGCCUAUUAUCAUCGGAAUCACCUGUGAAAGAAGUAACACGGGAAGCUCCUCCUGUACCUCCUCCACCGUCAAUUCCUGUCCAGGAAGAGCUAAUAGAAGAAGAACUUGAGCACAUAGCGAGAAUCCAGAGGCUGGCAGAAGGCCAUGACACUGUUGAGCCAACAGUUUCUAUCCCAGAGCCAAUCACUGAGGAAACUUAUGAAAGAACAGCGUCAUCAGCAACCUCUGGAGCCGACGAUGAUCAAAGUAAGAUCGAAGGAUCGGUAAUUGCCGGAGAUUCGUUUGAAGACCACGGCCUAUUGUCACCGGAAUCACCUGUGAGAGAAGUAACACGGGUAGCUCCUCCUGUACCUCCUCCACCGUCAAUUCCUGUCCAGGAAGAGCUAACAGAAGAAGAACUUGAGCACAUAGCGAGAAUCCAGAGGCUGGCAGAAGGCCUUGACACUGUUGAGCCAACAGUUUCUAUCCCAGAGCCAAUCACUGAGGAAACUUAUGAAAGAACAGCGUCAUCAGCAACCUCUGGAGCCGACGAUGAUCAAAGUAAAGUCGAAGGAUCGAUAAUUGCCGGAGAUUCGUUUGAGGACCAUGGCCUAUUGUCACCGGAAUCACCUGUGAGAGAAGUAACACGGGAAGCUCCUCCUUUACCUCCUCUACCGGCAAUUCCUGCCCAGGAAGAGCUCACUGAAGAAGAACUUGAGCACAUAGCGAGAAUCCAGAGGCUGGCAGAAGGCCUUGACACUGUUGAGCCAACAGUUUCUAUCCCAGAGCCAAUCACUGAGGAAACGUAUGAAAGAACAGCGUCAUUAGCAACCUCUGGAGCCGACGAUGAUCAAAGUAAGAUCGAAGGAUCGGUAAUUGCCGGAGAUUCGUUUGAAGACCACGGCCUAUUGUCACCGGAAUCACCUGUGAGAGAAGUAACACGGGAAGCUCCUCCUUUACCUCCUCUACCGGCAAUUCCUGUCCAGGAAGAGCUAACAGAAGAAGAACUUGAGCACAUAGCGAGAAUCCAGAGGCUGGCAGAAGGCCUUGACACUGUUGAGCCAACAGUUUCUAUCCCAGAGCCAAUUACUGAGGAAACUUAUGAAAGAACAGCGUCAUCAGCAACCUCUGUAGCCGACGAUGAUCAAAGUAAGGUCGAAGGACCGAUAAUUGCCGGAGAUUCAUUUGAAGACCACGGCCUAUUAUCAUCGGAAUCACCUGUGAAAGAAGUAACACGGGAAGCUCCUCCUUUACCUCCUCUACCGGCAAUUCCUGCCCAGGAAGAGCUCACUGAAGAAGAACUUGAGCACAUAGCGAGAAUCCAGAGGCUGGCAGAAGGCCUUGACACUGUUGAGCCAACAGUUUCUAUCCCAGAGCCAAUCACUGAGGAAACGUAUGAAAGAACAGCGUCAUCAGCAACCUCUGGAGCCGACGAUGACCAAAGUAAGAUCGAAGGAUCGGUAAUUGCCGGAGAUUCGUUUGAAGACCACGGCCUAUUGUCACCGGAAUCACCUGUGAGAGAAGUAACACGGGUAGCUCCUCCUGUACCUCCUCCACCGUCAAUUCCUGUCCAGGAAGAGCUAACAGAAGAAGAACUUGAGCACAUAGCGAGAAUCCAGAGGCUGGCAGAAGGCCUUGACACUGUUGAGCCAACAGUUUCUAUCCCAGAGCCAAUCACUGAGGAAACUUAUGAAAGAACAGCGUCAUCAGCAACCUCUGGAGCCGACGAUGAUCAAAGUAAAGUCGAAGGAUCGAUAAUUGCCGGAGAUUCGUUUGAGGACCAUGGACUAUUGUUAUCGGAAUCACCUGUGAAAGAAGUAACACGGGAAGCUCCUCCUUUACCUCCUCUACCGGCAAUUCCUGUCCAGGAAGAGCUAAUAGAAGAAGAACUUGAGCACAUAACAAGGAUCCAAAGGCUGGCAGAAGGCCUUGACACUGUUGAGCCAACAGUUUCUAUCCCAGAGCCAAUCACUGAGGAAACUUAUGAAAGAACAGCGUCAUCAGCAACCACUGGAGCCGACAAUGAUCAAAGUAAGAUCGAAGGAUCGAUAAUUGCCGGAGAUUCGUUUGAAGACCACGGCCUAUUAUCAUCGGAAUCACCUGUGAAAGAAGUAACACGGGAAGCUCCUCCUUUACCUCCUCUACCGGCAAUUCCUGCCCAGGAAGAGCUCACUGAAGAAGAACUUGAGCACAUAGCGAGAAUCCAGAGGCUGGCAGAAGGCCUUGACACUGUUGAGCCAACAGUUUCUAUCCCAGAGCCAAUCACUGAGGAAACUUAUGAAAGAACAGCGUCAUCAGCAACCUCUGGAGCCGACGAUGAUCAAAGUAAAGUCGAAGGAUCGAUAAUUGCCGGAGAUUCGUUUGAGGACCAUGGCCUAUUGUUAUCGGCAUCACCUGUGAAAGAAGUAACACGGGAAGCUCCUCCUGUACCUCCUCCACCGUCAAUUCCUGCCCAAGAAGAGCUCACUGAAGAAGAAUUUGAGCACAUAGCGAGAAUCCAGAGGCUGGCAGAAGGCCUUGACACUGUUGAGCCAACAGUUUCUAUCCCAGAGCCAAUCACUGAGGAAACUUAUGAAAGAACAGCGUCAUCAGCAACCUCUGGAGCCGACGAUGACCACGGAAAGAUUGGAGGAUCGAUAAUUGCCGGAGAUUCGUUUGAAGACCACGGCCUAUUAUCAUCGGAAUCACCUGUGAAAGAAGUAACACGGGAAGCUCCUCCUGUACCUCCUCCACCGUCAAUUCCUGCCCAAGAAGAGCUCACUGAAGAAGAACUUGAGCACAUAGCGAGAAUCCAGAGGCUGGCAGAAGGCCUUGACACUGUUGAGCCAACAGUUUCUAUCCCAGAGCCAAUCACUGAGGAAACUUAUGAAAGAACAGCGUCAUCAGCAACCUCUGGAGCCGACGAUGACCACGGAAAGAUUGGAGGAUCGAUAAUUGCCGGAGAUUCGUUUGAAGACCACGGCCUAUUAUCAUCGGAAUCACCUGUGAAAGAAGUAACACGGGAAGCUCCUCCUGUACCUCCUCCACCGUCAAUUCCUGCCCAAGAAGAGCUCACUGAAGAAGAACUUGAGCACAUAGCGAGAAUCCAGAGGCUGGCAGAAGGCCUUGACACUGUUGAGCCAACAGUUUCUAUCCCAGAGCCAAUCACUGAGGAAACUUAUGAAAGAACAGCGUCAUCAGCAACCUCUGGAGCCGACGAUGACCACGGAAAGAUUGGAGGAUCGAUAAUUGCCGGAGAUUCGUUUGAAGACCACGGCCUAUUAUCAUCGGAAUCACCUGUGAAAGAAGUAACACGGGAAGCUCCUCCUGUACCUCCUCCACCGUCAAUUCCUGCCCAAGAAGAGCUCACUGAAGAAGAACUUGAGCACAUAGCGAGAAUCCAGAGGCUGGCAGAAGGCCUUGACACUGUUGAGCCAACAGUUUCUAUCCCAGAGCCAAUCACUGAGGAAACUUAUGAAAGAACAGCGUCAUCAGCAACCUCUGGAGCCGACGAUGAUCAAAGUAAAGUCGAAGGAUCGAUAAUUGCCGGAGAUUCGUUUGAGGACCAUGGCCUAUUGUUAUCGGCAUCACCUGUGAAAGAAGUAACACGGGAAGCUCCUCCUGUACCUCCUCCACCGUCAAUUCCUGCCCAAGAAGAGCUCACUGAAGAAGAACUUGAGCACAUAGCGAGAAUCCAGAGGCUGGCAGAAGGCCUUGACACUGUUGAGCCAACAGUUUCUAUCCCAGAGCCAAUCACUGAGGAAACUUAUGAAAGAACAGCGUCAUCAGCAACCUCUGGAGCCGACGAUGACCACGGAAAGAUUGGAGGAUCGAUAAUUGCCGGAGAUUCGUUUGAAGACCACGGCCUAUUAUCAUCGGAAUCACCUGUGAAAGAAGUAACACGGGAAGCUCCUCCUGUACCUCCUCCACCGUCAAUUCCUGCCCAAGAAGAGCUCACUGAAGAAGAACUUGAGCACAUAGCGAGAAUCCAGAGGCUGGCAGAAGGCCUUGACACUGUUGAGCCAACAGUUUCUAUCCCAGAGCCAAUCACUGAGGAAACUUAUGAAAGAACAGCGUCAUCAGCAACCUCUGGAGCCGACGAUGAUCAAAGUAAAGUCGAAGGAUCGAUAAUUGCCGGAGAUUCGUUUGAGGACCAUGGCCUAUUGUUAUCGGCAUCACCUGUGAAAGAAGUAACACGGGAAGCUCCUCCUGUACCUCCUCCACCGUCAAUUCCUGCCCAAGAAGAGCUCACUGAAGAAGAACUUGAGCACAUAGCGAGAAUCCAGAGGCUGGCAGAAGGCCUUGACACUGUUGAGCCAACAGUUUCUAUCCCAGAGCCAAUCACUGAGGAAACUUAUGAAAGAACAGCGUCAUCAGCAACCUCUGGAGCCGACGAUGACCACGGAAAGAUUGGAGGAUCGAUAAUUGCCGGAGAUUCGUUUGAAGACCACGGCCUAUUAUCAUCGGAAUCACCUGUGAAAGAAGUAACACGGGAAGCUCCUCCUGUACCUCCUCCACCGUCAAUUCCUGCCCAAGAAGAGCUCACUGAAGAAGAACUUGAGCACAUAGCGAGAAUCCAGAGGCUGGCAGAAGGCCUUGACACUGUUGAGCCAACAGUUUCUAUCCCAGAGCCAAUCACUGAGGAAACUUAUGAAAGAACAGCGUCAUCAGCAACCUCUGGAGCCGACGAUGAUCAAAGUAAAGUCGAAGGAUCGAUAAUUGCCGGAGAUUCGUUUGAGGACCAUGGCCUAUUGUUAUCGGCAUCACCUGUGAAAGAAGUAACACGGGAAGCUCCUCCUGUACCUCCUCCACCGUCAAUUCCUGCCCAAGAAGAGCUCAAUGAAGAAGAACUUGAGCACAUAGCGAGAAUCCAGAGGCUGGCAGAAGGCCUUGACACUGUUGAGCCAACAGUUUCUAUCCCAGAGCCAAUCACUGAGGAAACUUAUGAAAGAACAGCGUCAUCAGCAACCUCUGGAGCCGACGAUGACCACGGAAAGAUUGGAGGAUCGAUAAUUGCCGGAGAUUCGUUUGAAGACCACGGCCUAUUAUCAUCGGAAUCACCUGUGAAAGAAGUAACACGGGAAGCUCCUCCUGUACCUCCUCCACCGUCAAUUCCUGCCCAAGAAGAGCUCACUGAAGAAGAACUUGAGCACAUAGCGAGAAUCCAGAGGCUGGCAGAAGGCCUUGACACUGUUGAGCCAACAGUUUCUAUCCCAGAGCCAAUCACUGAGGAAACUUAUGAAAGAACAGCGUCAUCAGCAACCUCUGGAGCCGACGAUGAUCAAAGUAAAGUCGAAGGAUCGAUAAUUGCCGGAGAUUCGUUUGAGGACCAUGGCCUAUUGUUAUCGGCAUCACCUGUGAAAGAAGUAACACGGGAAGCUCCUCCUGUACCUCCUCCACCGUCAAUUCCUGCCCAAGAAGAGCUCACUGAAGAAGAACUUGAGCACAUAGCGAGAAUCCAGAGGCUGGCAGAAGGCCUUGACACUGUUGAGCCAACAGUUUCUAUCCCAGAGCCAAUCACUGAGGAAACUUAUGAAAGAACAGCGUCAUCAGCAACCUCUGGAGCCGACGAUGACCACGGAAAGAUUGGAGGAUCGAUAAUUGCCGGAGAUUCGUUUGAAGACCACGGCCUAUUAUCAUCGGAAUCACCUGUGAAAGAAGUAACACGGGAAGCUCCUCCUGUACCUCCUCCACCGUCAAUUCCUGCCCAAGAAGAGCUCACUGAAGAAGAACUUGAGCACAUAGCGAGAAUCCAGAGGCUGGCAGAAGGCCUUGACACUGUUGAGCCAACAGUUUCUAUCCCAGAGCCAAUCACUGAGGAAACUUAUGAAAGAACAGCGUCAUCAGCAACCUCUGGAGCCGACGAUGAUCAAAGCAAAGUCGAAGGACCGAUAAUUACCGGAGAUUCAUUUGAAGACCACCGCCUAUUAUCAUCGGAAUCACCUGUGAAAGAAGUAACACGGGAAGCUCCUCCUUUACCUCCUCUACCGGCAAUUCCUGCCCAGGAAGAGCUCACUGAAGAAGAACUUGAGCACAUAGCGAGAAUCCAGAGGCUGGCAGAAGGCCUUGACACUGUUGAGCCAACAGUUUCUAUCCCAGAGCCAAUCACUGAGGAAACUUAUGAAAGAACAGCGUCAUCAGCAACCUCUGGAGCCGACGAUGAUCAAAGCAAAGUCGAAGGAUCGAUAAUUGCCGGAGAUUCGUUUGAAGACCACGGCCUAUUAUCAUCGGAAUCACCUGUGAAAGAAGUAACACGGGAAGCUCCUCCUGUACCUCCUCCACCGUCAAUUCCUGCCCAAGAAGAGCUCACUGAAGAAGAACUUGAGCACAUAGCGAGAAUCCAGAGGCUGGCAGAAGGCCUUGACACUGUUGAGCCAACAGUUUCUAUCCCAGAGCCAAUCACUGAGGAAACUUAUGAAAGAACAGCGUCAUCAGCAACCUCUGGAGCCGACGAUGAUCAAAGUAAAGUCGAAGGAUCGAUAAUUGCCGGAGAUUCGUUUGAGGACCAUGGCCUAUUGUUAUCGGCAUCACCUGUGAAAGAAGUAACACGGGAAGCUCCUCCUGUACCUCCUCCACCGUCAAUUCCUGCCCAAGAAGAGCUCAAUGAAGAAGAACUUGAGCACAUAGCGAGAAUCCAGAGGCUGGCAGAAGGCCUUGACACUGUUGAGCCAACAGUUUCUAUCCCAGAGCCAAUCACUGAGGAAACUUAUGAAAGAACAGCGUCAUCAGCAACCUCUGGAGCCGACGAUGACCACGGAAAGAUUGGAGGAUCGAUAAUUGCCGGAGAUUCGUUUGAAGACCACGGCCUAUUAUCAUCGGAAUCACCUGUGAAAGAAGUAACACGGGAAGCUCCUCCUGUACCUCCUCCACCGUCAAUUCCUGCCCAAGAAGAGCUCACUGAAGAAGAACUUGAGCACAUAGCGAGAAUCCAGAGGCUGGCAGAAGGCCUUGACACUGUUGAGCCAACAGUUUCUAUCCCAGAGCCAAUCACUGAGGAAACUUAUGAAAGAACAGCGUCAUCAGCAACCUCUGGAGCCGACGAUGAUCAAAGUAAAGUCGAAGGAUCGAUAAUUGCCGGAGAUUCGUUUGAGGACCAUGGCCUAUUGUUAUCGGCAUCACCUGUGAAAGAAGUAACACGGGAAGCUCCUCCUGUACCUCCUCCACCGUCAAUUCCUGCCCAAGAAGAGCUCACUGAAGAAGAACUUGAGCACAUAGCGAGAAUCCAGAGGCUGGCAGAAGGCCUUGACACUGUUGAGCCAACAGUUUCUAUCCCAGAGCCAAUCACUGAGGAAACUUAUGAAAGAACAGCGUCAUCAGCAACCUCUGGAGCCGACGAUGACCACGGAAAGAUUGGAGGAUCGAUAAUUGCCGGAGAUUCGUUUGAAGACCACGGCCUAUUAUCAUCGGAAUCACCUGUGAAAGAAGUAACACGGGAAGCUCCUCCUGUACCUCCUCCACCGUCAAUUCCUGCCCAAGAAGAGCUCACUGAAGAAGAACUUGAGCACAUAGCGAGAAUCCAGAGGCUGGCAGAAGGCCUUGACACUGUUGAGCCAACAGUUUCUAUCCCAGAGCCAAUCACUGAGGAAACUUAUGAAAGAACAGCGUCAUCAGCAACCUCUGGAGCCGACGAUGAUCAAAGCAAAGUCGAAGGACCGAUAAUUACCGGAGAUUCAUUUGAAGACCACCGCCUAUUAUCAUCGGAAUCACCUGUGAAAGAAGUAACACGGGAAGCUCCUCCUUUACCUCCUCUACCGGCAAUUCCUGCCCAGGAAGAGCUCACUGAAGAAGAACUUGAGCACAUAGCGAGAAUCCAGAGGCUGGCAGAAGGCCUUGACACUGUUGAGCCAACAGUUUCUAUCCCAGAGCCAAUCACUGAGGAAACUUAUGAAAGAACAGCGUCAUCAGCAACCUCUGGAGCCGACGAUGAUCAAAGCAAAGUCGAAGGAUCGAUAAUUGCCGGAGAUUCGUUUGAGGACCAUGGCCUAUUGUUAUCGGCACCACCUGUGAAAGAAGUACCACGGGAAGCUCCUCCUGUACCUCCUCCACCGUCAAUUCCUGCCCAAGAAGAGCUCACUGAAGAAGAACUUGAGCACAUAGCGAGAAUCCAGAGGCUGGCAGAAGGCCUUGACACUGUUGAGCCAACAGUUUCUAUCCCAGAGCCAAUCACUGAGGAAACUUAUGAAAGAACAGCGUCAUCAGCAACCUCUGGAGCCGACGAUGAUCAAAGUAAAGUCGAAGGAUCGAUAAUUGCCGGAGAUUCGUUUGAGGACCAUGGACUAUUGUUAUCGGAAUCACCUGUGAAAGAAGUAACACGGGAAGCUCCUCCUUUACCUCCUCUACCGGCAAUUCCUGCCCAGGAAGAGCUCACUGAAGAAGAACUUGAGCACAUAGCGAGAAUCCAGAGGCUGGCAGAAGGCCUUGACACUGUUGAGCCAACAGUUUCUAUCCCAGAGCCAAUCACUGAGGAAACUUAUGAAAGAACAGCGUCAUCAGCAACCUCUGGAGCCGACGAUGAUCAAAGUAAAGUCGAAGGAUCGAUAAUUGCCGGAGAUUCGUUUGAAGACCACGGCCUAUUAUCAUCGGAAUCACCUGUGAAAGAAGUAACACGGGAAGCUCCUCCUUUACCUCCUCUACCGGCAAUUCCUGCCCAGGAAGAGCUCACUGAAGAAGAACUUGAGCACAUAGCGAGAAUCCAGAGGCUGGCAGAAGGCCUUGACACUGUUGAGCCAACAGUUUCUAUCCCAGAGCCAAUCACUGAGGAAACUUAUGAAAGAACAGCGUCAUCAGCAACCUCUGGAGCCGACGAUGAUCAAAGUAAAGUCGAAGGAUCGAUAAUUGCCGGAGAUUCGUUUGAGGACCAUGGCCUAUUGUUAUCGGCACCACCUGUGAAAGAAGUAACACGGGAAGCUCCUCCUGUACCUCCUCCACCGGCAAUUCCUGCCCAGGAAGAGCUCACUGAAGAAGAACUUGAGCACAUAGCGAGAAUCCAGAGGCUGGCAGAAGGCCUUGAAACUGUUGAGCCAACAGUUUCUAUCCCAGAGCCAAUCACUGAGGAAACUUAUGAAAGAACAGCGUCAUCAGCAACCUCUGCAGCCGACGAUGACCACGGAAAGAUUGGAGGAACAACGAUAUCCUAUACAAACACGCUACGGAAAAGCGGACAAUUUAAAUCGAUCUCAUUUACCGAUGUUCCAGAAAAAAAGGAAGAAAAACCCAUUUCGAAUUUCAAGUCGACAAGUGUUAACAUUAUAUACACGGACAAGCGGUUAUCGAUCGAUUCAAACGCAAAUGAUGUGCCCCCACAAAACCUACCCACGGUUUUAAUCGAUAACUACCGCUUCAACGCAUUCGAAGAUUGCGAACAUAAUGCCAUUUACAGCCGAGGAGGGGCGCUAAAUAAUGUUGACUUCCUCGUCAAACUAAACUUUAUGUGUCAGCGAAUAACAGAAGGCAUUGCUGAGGCCGCGGCAGAAGACUUAACUCGAAUCAUAAAGCUAAGAUCAAACCCGAGAUCACGCUACUUCGAAGACAGCUAUAUCAGCGAGCUUUUGGACAUCGGCAUCCCGUCAGUUGCUCCCAGUCCGGAAAGGUAUGAUACACUCAAUAGAGUCAGUCUUUGAAAAAUGCACAGUGCGGAUUGUCCGAACUUUUGAUCGCGAUAGUACCAAUACAGGGUGUUUCAAGAAAUAUUGCAGAAUUUGGCUACAUUUAAAACGCACUUCGCGAGCUGUGGAAGGGGGGUCUGCCCUAGAAAUUGACCCCCACUUUUUUUUGUCUUAACUGAUGACAUAUAGGGUGCUAAAGAACUUGGUGAUUUUUUUUCGAAAAAUUCGUCAUCAUGACCGAGAUAUGACGUAUUUAUUGAAUUUCGUUUAAUGUGGUAUAUUGUACUGAUUUAUCGCCGAAACAUCUCAGAGCUGUGUAUAUAUACGUUAUUGGCCAUGCUGAACAACUUUGUAAUUGACCCGAAGUUUGUCAGGUUACUGUAACAUACCGUAACGCCCAUGCUCAAUCAAAAAAUCUCGAUUUUCUCGAUUUUUUUCAAUAAUUUUCUCGGAAUUUUUUUUCGUUUUUGGAAUCAGCAUCAAAUUCUGCAUCGGAUAGGCUAUAUGCGCAUCUCCAGAUAGGUGUACAAAAAUGUCGUGGCGCAACCGGUAGUGGGUCGGACUACCAUUCAAAAGGUCGCGGGUUCGAGUCCGGGUGGAAGCAAAAAUGCUCAAACGCGAUGGAAAUUGCCCCAAAACAGUUGUAAUGUAUUGGAACUGUUCAAACGUGGAUACACAUGUUUUCCACUAAGGGGAGUCGAAUUUUUUACAAAUUUUACAAGAAUGAACACUGUAACAUCAUGAAAUAUGUGAAUAUCUACAAAUUUUAUAAUGUAAAAUUUUUUGUGGAAAAUUUUCGCGGCUGUUAGAAAACUAUUUAAAGGCAGCGCAAAAAACUGCUCUAGAAAAAUUGGAAACGUUUCCGCGUAAAAACGUCUGAAAAUCAUAAUUUCAAUUUUUUGUCAAAUGACAAAAUACGAAAUUUUUUGGUGUCUUGGGCAAAAUUGAGCGAAAUCCUCUGAGGAAAAGUCUUUCUAUAUGCCCUGUGUUGUUUCUAAACAAAAAAAUCGCUAACAAAAUUUUUUUAUUUCUUCGGCUGAUUUGGGCCCACAAAAAUCAUGAUUUUCAAAAAUUUCGUAAAAUCCAAAGAUUAACCUUUUCAGGGAAAAAUGUUAAUUAUUAUUUAUUUUUAACACAGUUCCAAUACAUUACAACUGUUUUGGGACAAUUUCCAUCGCGUUUGAGCAUUUUUGCUUCCACCCGGACUCGAACCCGCGACCUUUUGAAUGGUAGUCCGACCCACUACCGGUUGCGCCACGACAUUUUUGUACACCUAUCUGGAGAUGCGCAUAUAGCCUAUCCGAUGCAGAAUUUGAUGCUGAUUCCAAAAAUGAAAAAAAUUUCGAGAAAAUUAUUGAAAAAAAUCGAGAAAAUCGAGAUUUUUUGAUUGAGCAUGGGCGUUACGGUAUGUUACAGUAACCUGACAAACUUCGGGUCAAUUACAAAGUUGUUCAGCAUGGCCAAUAACGUAUAUGUACACAGCUCUGAGAUGUUUCGGCGAUAAAUCAGUACAAUAUACCACAUUAAACGAAAGACAAUAAAUACGUCAUAUCUCGGUCAUGAUGACGAAUUUUUCGAAAAAAAUUCACCAAGUUCUUUAGCAUUCUAUAUGUCAUCAGUUAAGACAAAAAAAAGUGGGGGUCGAUUUCUAGGGCAGACCCCCAUUUGAGCCUGCUUCAGCAACUCGCGAAGUGCGUUUUAAUUACUUAAAACAAGUUUUGCGAGAGACUCGAGCUUUCAGAUUUGCCUUGUGCACAUGAAACAGGAUGUCACAGUAGAGCCAUGAAACACUAACCACAUGUUACCCUUACCGCGAGUACUAAAUUUCAGAAAAAAAUUUUUUGAUUAUUGGCCUACUGUAGGUGUACUGUAGCUUUCCCGCAUUUCCAGGAUCUCAGCCACGAGAGGUUGGAUUCUCUCCGGACCUUCUCUGUGUUAUAGAAUGGACAAUUCCAAGCAACUUUCGUAUUGACACCUUUUUCCUAGGACUUCUGGAAGUAUGUGAAAAAUUUGCAUAUUUGGCAAAAAAUUUAUAUUUCUUAAAUUUUCUAAAAAAAUUUGCAUAUCGGGACGUCCUUUUUAUUGCUCUAAAUGACGCUCCAUGAAGCGACAAUUCAAACGGUAUAUAGGUCAUCGCAAGGCGUUCUGCCUAUGUUGCAAACGAGGGUUCUAAAGGUCGUGUCAUCACGGAUUUUUUUUGGGCUAAAAUUUUAUAUGCGAGAUAUUGGGACAAAAUUUAGUCUUAUUAUAAUCUAUGCAAAAUUCUAAGACUUUUGGACCCCACUUUUAUGAGUCUCAGACCGACCGGUCGAAAGAUACGACCGAUUUUUGAGACUUUUCCGGUAUUUUUCAAUUUUUACCCGGAAGGUGACGGAAUUUCGGGGUUUCUUUGAUUGCGUUUAAUUCAGCGACCCUGGAUAACCCAAAGUUUGUCGCUUUUCGUACUUUAGCUAUUCAAGAUUUUUUGAAAAGUUGGCUGUCGCUUCUAGGAAUAUUCUGAUUGUGAGGUACACCUGUAAUUUUUUUGGAGUCUGACACCAUGCCGCAAGUUAGCUUCUAAGAGAAAAAAUCGACUUUUUUAUUUGCCGCAUUUCGAGAUUAUUCUAUAGGCCGAAUCGAUCAAAAUAUUUUCCAUUUAUUUUCAGUUCAAAAAAAUCAUGCAAAUUUUUUGGGUUUUUCCUCAAAGAAAUUUUAAUAUCUAAAAUACGAAACGCUAAUGUGAUGAAUGAAGCACGUAUCUAGGUCAAAUUAUACAGGGUGGGCCACUCGAAACUCCCAACAUCUUUUCAGGUAUUUCUCCGCCAAUUAUGCACCAAUUUCUAUAAAAUUUAUAUCAAAUUGAAGCUGAGACACCACAUUUCUUGUCCACCAAAUAUGGCCCGUCUAGCUUCACGGAGGCACCCGCACUGACCUUUUAUAUUUUCAUUCCAAAUUUUGGGGCCCGAAAUCGGUGAAACUUAGAAUUUUUUUGGAAUGAUUUUCAAUUGAGUUUCUCGGACUUGGAAAAUUUUUGGAUUUCCGGAAAGAAAAAAAGUCGACAAAUUCGCGAAAAAAAAUUUUAAAACAUUAAGAUUUACGUCCGUACCAAGUGUGUUAAACCCAUAUUUCAAUCAGGUGAGGUACCAAUUUGGGCGAAUGAGAACGAAAGCUGUUUUCUCGUGCAAUCUAAGCCUGGAAAGUUUCUAUGCAUCUUCGGGGUGGAUGUCGUCAUGCAUGUAGACAGUUUCGCCCAUUUUUUAACAUUUUGAAAAAUUUCGAAUAAUUAAGCUUAUCGCCCCAGAACAGGAAAGCAACGCCUUGAAGAAUAAUUUUGACUAUUCCGUUGACUGCCAUCAUUUUUUUCUGCUGCUUAUAAGAGUUUUAUUUAGUCAAAGGCGCGAACAUUUUCCAAUUCCGAGAAACUCAACUGGAAAUCAUUCCAAAAAAAUUCUAAGUUUCACCGAUUUCGGGCCCCAAAAUUUGGAAUGAAAAUAUAAAAGGUCAGUGCGGGUGCCUCCGUGAAGCUAGACGGGCCAUAUUUGGUGGACAAGAAAUGGGGUGUCUCAGCUUCAAUUUGAUAUAAAUUUUAAAGAAAUUGGUGCAUUAUUGGCGGAGAAAUACUUGAAAAGAGGUUGGGAGUUUCGAGUGGCCCACCCUGUAUGUUCGGAUUCAAUUAUGCCAUCAGAAUGCUGAAUUUCAGUCAUCAAAACGGUGUUUUGUUGGAUAUUGCGCAAAAAUCUUUAGACAAAAAUUCCUUUUUUUCGCGAACAUCCGUAUCGGUAAGCGGGAUCGAUGUACGUAGGCAACUCCAUACGUGCUACAUCGAAUACUACCAUCAGAAUCCUAGAAAUCCCGAAAUUCCGUCACCUUCCGGGUAAAAAUUGAAAAAGGCCGGAAAGUCUCAAAACUCGGUCGUAUCUUUCGACCGGUCGGUCUGAGACUCAUAAAAGUGGGGUCCAAAAGUCUUAGCAUUUUGCAUAGAUUAUAAUAAGACUAAAUUUUGUCCCAAUAUCUCGCAUAUAAAAUUUUAGCCCAAAAAAAAUCCGUGAUGACACGACCUUUAGAAGCCUCGUUUGCAACAUAGACAGAACGCCUUGCGAUGACCUAUAUACCGUUUGAAUUGUCGCUUCAUGGAGCGUCAUUUAGAGCAAUAAAAAGGACGUCCCGAUAUGCAAAUUUUUUUAGAAAAUUUAAGAAAUAUAAAUUUUUUGCCAAAUAUGCAAAUUUUUCACAUACUUCCAGAAGUCCUAGGAAAAAGGUGUCAAUACGAAAGUUGCUUGGAAUUGUCCAUUCUAUAACACAGAGAAGGUCCGGAGAGAAUCCAACCUCUCGUGGCUGAGAUCCUGGAAAUGCGGGAAAGCUACAGUACACCUACAGUAGGCCAAUAAUCAAAAAAUUUUUUUCUGAAAUUUAGUACUCGCGGUAAGGGUAACAUGUGGUUAGUGUUUCAUGGCUCUACUGUGACAUCCUGUUUCAUGUGCACAGCUAGCUCGACCCUUACAAAAAAGCUGUUUUAAAAGGUCUGAACUUCCCCCAGUGUUUGGGAAAAUUACUAGGAUAGGUGAAUAGAGCAGGUCAAUCUCAAUUUAUUCACACUAAUCACGUAAUAAAAGCAUAGAGUGGAUCAGAAUCGUUUCCGUUGUUAUAAGAUGCUUCCAUGGCCAGGGUGUUUUCGCAAUCGGUCCAUCUCAUUCUUGGACAGGCAAGGUGUCGUGUACUAGUCGCGCCAUAAAGUCCUGACACAUUUUGUCGCGGGUGUCGCGCGAGAAAAUUGGAGUGGCUCGCGCGAAAGUGCAUGUCGCUAGUGCAAAAACGGGGAAUUGCCGCGACGGAUCCGAAACGAAAACAAAAAUGCACUGUGCAAAUUUCUCAGGACUUUAUGUCGCGACUAGUAUACGGAGAUGUCCACUCCAACAAUCGCUGUUCCAAUCUUCCCCCGUCUUUUUCUUAGUUCCAUCUCCGUCAUGUAGUUCCAUUCACGCUUCGAAUUGAUCUUACGUUGACAGUGAGGACCUCGAAUCCACUGUGGUUUAUGGCUACCGUCCCGGGUGAGACCCUUUUGCGCCCUCGGGUGGGGCAUGAUCAAACCCCAACAAAUCAAAAAGAAUAUUUUACCAUUUUUAUAUCUUUAAUUAAAAUUUUUUAUACAUAACCUAUAAAAUGUAUAAAAAUGACGAAAUAAUUUUUUGGUUUAUUAGAGGUUGAACUUGCCUAUCAAAGUCUUAUAACGGCCAUUCGCGCUGGCCGGAAUCAAACCAACCCCAAAAGAUUACCGAACGGACGCUUUACCCACUUGGCCAACCGAGCAACUACAAAGAUGCCCUUGUUCUUUUCCGAAGGAAGAGAAAGAGGAAAUUUUUGUGGAGCUUUCGGUUGAUUUUUCUCGUCAAAAAAGGCGUCAAAUGUCACCGCCGAAAAUUGGUCUCUCAUCAGAAAAAAUCCUUUUGAAAACCGCCCAACUCCGAUUAAAAAUCAAAUUUGAACAUCUUAGAUAGCUGCAAAGAGCACGAAGAUAUUCGAAAAUACUUUGUGGAAUGUUUCUUGAAACACCGUGCAUAAAGUAGCAACCGAAAAACAAUAAUUUUAAUUCCAUUUCAGCGAAGAGAUAUCUCCGAACGAUGAGCCUUUGCAAUAUGCUGUGGAAGCCAUUGAAGAUGAACCUGAGAAGCCGGGAUUCGAUCUGUUUGGUUUAUUCCGUCAACGACCAAUCCCGGAAAGACCUGUCUCGGCAAUGGCUUUCUUACGUCGCCAGCCAUCCCCGGUUAUGAAUGCACGAAAAAUAAGUGCAGUCCGAUCAGGAGACAUCAUGGAGUUGGUGCGCAGGUCCUCAAUCAGUUCGGAACCUAGAAACGAUUCAUUUACCAACAUUCCUGAAGAAGCUUUGGCCGGGCUUAGUGUUGAGGAGAGGGAGCAUAUUAUCAAUGUGAUGAUGAGUGCGAACAAAUCGACUACCCCUGACAUGUCCCGCAGGUAAGUCGGCUCUUAGUCGAAUAACAGACGUUUUUAUUUAUUUUUCUUAUGUCAUUAGGUCCAACACAUUACAUGUAAUUUCGUCUUCAGAUGCUCUUCUGCUCUGACCAAUUUGGCUGCUUUGGACGAAUUAAAUGAAAGCGAAAGAAAACAUAUUGCGGCUGUCAUCGAAAAGGCAGAUACUGGAGAUAUUCCAUUCGUUGUUAGUUCCUCAGCACCUCCAAAGAGAAAGAAGACAGAAGAAAAGGAAUAUAAUAUAAUCUCUGAAGAAGAACUUGCUCAUAUUGCAAACAUAGAAAUGAUGAUAAAGAAGAUGGAGGAAGAAAGUAUGGUCUCUACGAGAGCACCAGAGCCUAUAAAGACAGCAGUUGCCCGAUCACCAAAAGGAACUACUGAGAAUGUUCUCGGAAAGCUGAGCUUGAGUACAUUCAAGGGCACGAUCACUCGACAAACGCAGAAGUUGAAUGAGAUUGUCAAUUCGAAUGUCUCAAGUUCAAUCUCCAAAUUUUCUGUGCUAAGUCCGAAGGAGACUACUCCAGUACAGCCACUAACAGAAGACGUUGUAACAGACCAAUUGCCAACAAUACAAAAGGAGUAUUCCUAUCCGUCUGAAAAUCAUGAAUUAUCAAUGGCUACGGAAAUACCCGUUUUGUUUGAGGAUCAAUGGAAAGAGGAAGAGGACACCGAUGGCUACUGGCUGCAGAAAAACAUCGCUGAGCUCACCGAAAAACUAGAUUCCUAUUCAUAUGAUGGUAUGUUACUGUAUUGUAAACUAAUGUUAUAUUCAACCAGAGCAAGAUUUUGGUUUAUUAUGCCCGCAAAAUUAAAUCUAUUCUUUGUGUUUAGAAAUCCUGGAAGUUCGAGAUCAAAGGAUUGCCGAGCCAAUUAGGAAGUGGGGCAGCGAAAUGUCUAAAGAUGUCAAUCAAGCCGACGACGAGUUUGGUUUGGCUAAUAAAACGUGGGAUGUGGAGUAUGAGAAGCAGGAGUACACAUCAGGAAUUAUCGAUCCCGAAAAACAACAUGCCGAGGAACAGCGCUUACCCUUCCAGCCGGUUACUUUCGAGCCAAAGUGGGAAAGCGCAGGGUCUUUUGGCAGGGAAAAGAGUGCCAUGCCUUCAGGGCAUGCUCUCUCGCCCGUUUCCACUGAAGAGGCCGGGGACCGCGUUACGGCUGCUCAGGACUGGUCUUGCAGUGUCUCGGCCCAAAAAAGACAUUUCGCGGGCUCCCCACCCUUUUAUAAGGAAGAGACUGACGUUGCCGUCGAGCUGGUAACUGCAUGGCCUGGUCGGGACAGUGCAUCGGUUUCAUCUUCCACUGGACCGAUUUCCGAUAUUGUAGCUGCCAACGAGCCAUGUGGAUUGGAAUCCGAUCAUGUUGAACAAUUCCAAUCUCAGAUACCGAAAGAAAAAGAGUCGACCCUCCCUGUAAUUGUAACGACCUCCAGCGGUAAUAUGUUCUCCGGAGAUCGUGUUAAGUCUUCCGGCUUCGGAGGCUUUGGCGGUUUCGGUAAAUUGGCAAGUGGCGCCUUAAAAUCAGCCAAGCAGGCUACCGAACAGAUCUCAGCAAAAGCCACCCAAGCUGCACAAGUGGCCCAACAAGCAGCAUCAACUGGAGAUCUAACACAAAUUGGAGUGGCGAGCUUUGUGAGUUCCUAUUUCCCUUGUCUAAACACAUUCUAGAUUCCAAAAUCGGAAGUCCCUGAAAGAUCGAAGUCAUCAAUGGAAAUCAACCAGCCUGUUACAAACAUUCUCCAAUCCCCAAUCUCACAGAAUAUUCCACCUGGAUUUGAAGACUUGUCUGAAGAAGAGAGAAUGAAAAUCAUGGCUGUAAUGGCUUGUGCUGAAAUCGACGCACAACAAGAUAUGAGAAUUUCACCGCCUAAACCCGAUGAACUUCAACAGCCAACAUCAACAGAACGGCCAAAAUCGGUCCAAUCAAUCUCGUACGCAACAACGACAUUACAGCAAGAGCAGCCCAAAAAGACGUAAGACUUUCUUUAUGAUUAUGUUUGGUUUUUAGUGCAUUCCAUACCGAAAUGCCCACAGAAGUUUCAAUGCCACCAGGGUUUGAUGAGGAGAUGCUUCAAGGUCUUUCCGCAGAGGAGCAAGCGCAGAUUUUGAGUGUAAUGAAGAUGGCCGAGCAAGACGACGUCGCUAAACCAACUCUUCCAAUGUCCCAAAAACGUUCCGUCGAUUCCAAUAUAUCCAUUGAAGGCGGAGAAGGGCAAUCAGGUCCAGCAAAGUCGAUAUCGUUUACGUCAGUCACCGAAAGUGGUUACAUAACUGCGCCAAGCACUAGCUAUAGCACUGAACUCAACACCUACAGUCCGGAAUACAUUGCAGAAGACCUAGUGGUGCCGAAAACAACACUAUUUACUGAUGUAAGCCAUUUAAAUAACCUAUUAUUUUGAAUUCUAGGAAAUAAUUGGUGAUGAAACAACUCAGCCAGACGGGCCGACUAAAGACUUUGAUGAGAAAGAACAGCCAAUUACAAUCACCGAGUCGUCAAAAUCACCUGCAGAAGUAGAUGCGGUUGAGACCGAAGAGGAAUUUUGGGUCGAACCACAAGAAUAUAAAGUUAGUCAUCCAUCUUUUAAGAUAUUUUUCAUAUUUUAAUUCUAGUUCCAUCUACCCGAUUCAUGGGAACCAGCCAAGACCGGUCGAAUGUGGACAACUGUAUUCUCAGAUGAUGGAGAUAUUGCCGCCAGCGAAUACGAUGGCGAAGUGUCAAUCAUAGAAACCGAUGACGGCCAUGAAAAACAGAGGCCAAAAGAAAAGGAGGAGCAACAUCCGGUAACCGAACAAAUUGUAACCACAUCAAUGGAGAACGAUGAUGGAACGCACCACCUGUUCGACACCAAUGACGGGAUCUUUGAAGUGCAAAUGGAAGAUCCUUUGUCACCGACUGUUAUCGUUAGUACAGUGGCGUCGAAUAAUGUGAAAGAAGUCACCACAGGCUUUAGUCGGAUGAUGGAUAUCCCUAAAACCCCCAAGAUCAAGAUCACAAGUCAUGAAGAAGUUGAGAAAACUUCCGAUGACGAAUCAGAUGCCGAGACGCCUCCUAGCUCUGAUGAAGACGACUAUCCUGAUCGCGUAAUAGAAGUUCCUUCGAUGUCGGCGUCACAAUUGGUUCAAGAUCAGCAGAACCAAUCCAAAAGUACCCAAGAAAUGCUGAAACAGAUACAAUCAUUUGGUGAGGCAGCCGAUGAUGAAUUCGACGUCCAAUGGGCUACAAAUAUAACAAAGAAGAAAGAAGUCGCAGAACCAGCCAAAACAGAAAUUGUUGCUCAGGAAACCCCAAAAGAAAAGGAAAACAAUCAACGAAUUAAUCCGUUUAUCGACUCCCCCGAAGAUGACGAUAAUGACGUCAUCGUGGAACAAGUAAACCUGGACUCGGAUGACAUUGACUAUCAACAAGCGGUGAAUUAUUAUACCAACAGACAUGAUGGAUACCACAAGCACCGACCAGGCCCUGUAUAUACAAUUCCAGAGGGAGACGAGAACAAUAGUAACAUCAGCAGCGAAUCUAAAUAUAACCGUAAGUUAAAUCUAUAAAAAUACUUUCGUUUAGCUCAACUUCUUGAACGAAGACCGCUCCAUGGUACUACAGUUCCGGCACUGGUGCCAAAGGAUGUGAAGAGGAAAGGAAAAGAGAAUGGGGACAAGCCUGAUCCAAUAAGUGGUGUCCCACAAGCCGCUGAAGAGAUAGACAAGACCCCUCUUACACCAAUUAGAACAGCACCUCCACCCCCCGAUGCAACCAAUGGUCGAUCAACAUUCGAUAAUCAAUCAGGAGACAUAAAGACAUCCACCACACCUCUACAGCGAUCCCAUCAUUUCACAACAGAUAUCCAUCAAGCCGAAGACGUUCAUUUGCCUCCACACAUCCAUAUUCAUGGCACACAACCAAAGACAAGCACAGGUAUGUAGAAAUCUAAAAUAUUGCUUCCAUUGCUGUCCACUUCCUUCUAAAUUUAUCGUUAUGAGCAAAUCCCGUGUUUAACCCUGUAUUUUGCAGAUCUCCCUACUUGUGUGACAGAUUCUGACGCCGCUUUUUUGGCGCAGUUUACAACAACUGGUACCGUAAAAGAACCGGUAACGCCAAAUGGGGAUUACACUUCAUUAGAUCUCCCGUUUGACGACCUGCAAUCCUCAAGGUAUGAAGAACAUCAAAUUAACAAGUUGUUUGUACUUUAAGACUGAAGAGAUCUCCGGCGAUGAUUCUGACUAGUGACAAGACGCCCAUUCGAGACAUAAUCCAAUCUCGCGCAGUAGCCACUGUUCGGACGACUGAUGUGGGUUUCAUUUGCUUAUGAAUGAGUGCAGUGCCCUCUGUGUUGUUAUUAAUCUUAAAAUUUCCGCUUCGCACCACCACUAAAGUUCUUCAACAAAUUUUAAAAGUUUUAGAUGGGAAUUAUGCUAAUCAGACCGUUAUCGGACAAUUACUUUAUUUGGCACUAAAGAGAGUUAGAGAAAUAACCGCCCGUCUCUUCGCCCUUGCUUCCCUCACGCUGCCCAAUCUCAGACGUUGAGCAUUACGAAGGCUCUGGCUGAAAAAGAAUAAAAGCGGAAACGAGGGCCGGCGUACUGGUCAGUUCGUUUCCGUUUUUUCUGUUGGCGUCCCACCCACCCCCCGCCCCUCGGUAUGACCUACGGGGCACCAAAAAAAGUAUGCUUCAGAAUGCCUCAGCACUAGGUUCAACGCUUCCUGAGAAACCGCCCUUUCUCACGCCGCACCUAAAUCUGCAAAAAACUAAGGCCCGCGUAGACAUGCUUUCCGAGCCUCUUGGCACGACAAUCCUAAUCUCGGGGGACGAAUUUUUGACUCAAAGGGGCUUUGCGCCCUCUGUUUUAAUGUUUUGAAUAGAGAGAAUAGUAUCCCCCACUCACGGCGAGGGCAUGGUGUUUGUUUUGUUUCCCCUUGUCAAUAAAAGCAGGCACUGUUUAUGGCCCGCUCCUUAAAUUCGAAUUGUAUCGAUGUUUCGGCUUUCUUUCAUGUCGCUUUCCAACGCUUAACGUAACUCAAAUUAUAGGAGGAUGCGCUAUUGCAAGGCGCAAACACCGAAAUGGGCCGCCGAAAACUUCCAUCACUGCCGGGAAAUCGUCAACCACUGCCCAUUCACGCGCCUCUCUACUACAGCUCUAGUGCUCCGGAGACAAAGGACAUUGCGAGUGUAACCACCUACUACGAUCAAGGAGGACAAUCCACGCACUUCACUGAGAGUUACACUUAUCACGACACAGCACUACCUCGUUAUGAUCUCACCGCCCACUCGGUGGAUCCUGGUAUCAUGGCUGGGGCCACUUUUAAGGCUCCACAGAAGACUAGAGCAAGGUCGGCUAUCACCUCAACUGAGUCCGCAAAGAAAAUUAACGCAACUCCCAAGAUGUCUGAAGCCAUGUCUCAGCUUAUGUUCAAACAAGAGCUCCGAAGAACCUUAAGUAAACGGCGCCUAGAGAAUGAGAAUGCUGAGAUCGAGGCCAACCAACGGCAAUAUGUCAUACGGCGAAUGCUGGUCAGCGGCCUUAUGCCGGAGCACAGAGCGGCGGAGAUCGAUGCUAUCCCGGAUGUAGUCAAAUGUGACUUGCCAGCUGAUUUGAUCCGCGGAGCUCGUGUAACACCAGUGAAAAAUACUCCCAUAAUAUAUUCUUCGGAUUUCCCACGGGUGUAUAGUAAGACGUAUGGCCAUGAAGAUCACCAUUACGCUCCAUCAACGAGCACCUCCUCAAACAAAAAAACCGUCGGCGUACAAUACGACACCAAGCCUCAAAUACCAGCUUUAACCAGAUACUACACCGAACAGUCACCCCCUCAAACCAAACCUCCUGCCAUAAGGAAUUACAGCGGGUCCAAGCCGUCGUCAUAUCAGGUUGACUCUGAAACUCAAACCAUGGUUUCGGCAGAAACCCAAACCGAUUCAUAUGUGGCCCUUGACUCUCGACCUAAGGGCCGAAAAAUCCCUCAACAUGACGUAUCCACUUCUCCUCGAGGGCAUUUCCUCAGCCACGUUUCUCCAGAUUUGCUCGAAAAGACUGAGAAAUAUUUCGACGAGUAUGAUAAGAGGCUACGUGAAGGUCCGAUGCCGCGACAUUCAAAACCGAAGAAUCGAUUCCGGGAAGUUAAAACCCCUGAGGAAAUGGAAUGGAAACGAAAGGAAGUAAUGAGAGAAUUGGAGAGACGGAAGGAGAAAGUCGCGUCAAUGAUCGACCUCAGGAACCUUAAUACCUACGAUCUUGAUGAUAAUACGCUGUGGAAUAGUGCGGUAAGCAAAUACGGAUCUCUUCCAAGGCGGAAUACUCGACAAACGACGGUGGGAACAAGCUCCUAUCCUGCCAAUCGUUAUGGCUCGCUUCCGCGGGAUUUUGAGAGGACUAUUUUUGAAGAUACUUCCUAUUACCCUCCAAGCACAAUUCCUGGACUUUAUUCUCAAUCAGUACAGGACCUUGGAGAUUAUGAAUAUCAACGUCCACCUGCUUCCGAUUAUAGAACGCAACCUGUAAAUCCUUAUUGCACUCUUCCAAGAAAUUACAACCAGUCUUAUUACCAGCAACCUUCUUAUCCUCAGAAAAUUUCAAAUGUCGGAAACGAGAGAAUAUUAUCACAAUACGCCAGUUACGUCAACGAUCAAAUCGAUAACGCUGGAUUUGUGGAUGAGUCCAUCUAUCCAGAGAUGCGGCCCAAUAUAUAUGAAGACUGCCUUCGACCAACAGAAGAACAGUACAAUUACCAUCAAGUGCCUAACCAAUUUGCGGUUAGCCAACCCUUAGACCAGCCAACACUCCAACAAACGAUACCUCAUUACCUCUCAUCAUACCAACAACACCCGGUUACUGAUUACGUAUACAGUAGACGCGAUGCAAACUAUGGAUCUCGUCCGAUUCAGCCAAUCGGAGAUUACGGCAACGUUCAUUAUAACCGAGUCAAACUGAACCGCCCAAACAAUGACAUCGUCAACGAGAACUACAGACGAGAUCCUUAUACAUCCUCUUACAUGCCUGUAGCGAGCAAAAGAGUGUGGCCGACCUUACCAUCAUCAUCAUUCGUGCCCCAAUCGACCUACAGACCACCCCAUAUUCCCCUAAACAAUAAUUAUAAUGAACCUUGGCCAUGUCCGCAAGUCCCCCGUUCUUAUCAUUAUAGCACCCAACCCCGCCCACAACCACAGCCCUAUCGAAGUCCGGGUAUGUACAACCUUGAGUGCAGUAAGCGCUCCAACUUUUAACAAAAUCUUGUCUCAGAUCAACCUCGGUGGUUACGCAUAAAUGUAGUUUUUUUAAUUAAGAAAGUCGUUUGCAACUACGUAAUCGCCGAGUUCAUCGAAGACUUGAUGUAAAGCAAGAUUGUGACGUUAUUUCACCAUGUAAUUCGAAUGUCCAAGUUAUCUUACUUUUUGAUCGAAUAAAGGAAAAAACAGCCAAUCUAAUGUUUUAAAUUCAUGGAAAGAAAAGGUCCGCAAGCUCGAAUAAACCAUCGGCUAAAACCUCAAGUCCUAUUUUUUGGAUGAAAGGUGGAAAUAACGUCAUCAUCCGUGCUGAAAUUUAUAAUUCGUAAAAAAUAUUUUUUUUAGAAUCAUAUUUCACCAGUCUACCGCGAUAUCAACGUGCCGAUGAUUUAAUACCCAAAAAGGUACAAUCUUCAGAACAGUGUGGAAUAAUAAUAAUUUUCACUUUUAGAUCAGUUCACUUACCAGGACUCGGACAGAUCCUUUACCAGCACAUCGUCACAGUCGGAGCAGAAACGGCACAAAAAUAAAGAGAAUUCUUCUAACAAGGCGAUAUCGGCAUGCCAAUGUGUAUCACGGUACGUCCAAAUUCUUUUCUAAUUCCAGCAAUUUUUUGUUUCCCAAUAUAAUUUGUGACAUUUUGUUACAACAAAAAAAUUUCAGACCUCGGUUUUCGUGUAACGGGUGGAAAAAGACUUCAUAAUGGGGAAUUAGCGGCAUUUGUAACGGCCGUUAACAGAAGUAAGGCAUAUGAUACAUUGGGCGAAAUUAAAGAAGGUUUGUUUAUUUUUGUUUAGUCGUUCUUUAUUUUCGUAUUUCAUUUUUCUAUAUUUAGGAGAUCAAGUUUUGGAAUGGAAUGGCGUUUUGCUACGAGGAAAGACGUUUGAAGAGGUGGAGAGGGUCAUAAAUGCGACCAGCGGGGAAGUGGAGAUUGUAAUUAAGAACACUGAUGAAUCCAAGAAAGAUCAAAUAAACCAGGAGAAUAUAUACGAUUCCACCGCAGACGAAAGCCACCGUUUUGGGUACCUAAAAGAAGCGCCUCCUAUUCCUGCUCACAGAUCAACUUUGGAAGAAAAGAGACGCCAUCAUGUAAGUACUUACACCAUUACUUAUGUUGCGAUUAAGAGAUCUCGAGAUGGUCUAGGUAAAAUCCAAUUGGCCAUUGGUUAUGACCAAUAUAACUCAGUCCUGGUUGUCACCAUAAUUGCGGCUCGAGGAUUAACCCAUCGUGAAUAUGAUAAUAGUGUUGUUCUUCCCAAUCCUUUCGUAAAGAUCUACUUAUUGCCAGGACGGAAGUAAGUCUACCGAUAUUAUUCUCAUUUUUUAUCAGGGUUGUCAAUAAACGAAGAACCAAGUAUGUAUCCAACACCGCCGAUCCAGAGUGGCACCAAACCGUCGAUUAUCUGGUCGGAUACAAUGAAUUGCCCAACAAGUAUCUCGAAUUUACGGUCUGGGAUUACGAUAAAUAUAAUGACAAUAUCUGCCUGGGCCAGGUUGUAGUCCCAUUGUCGAGUAAGUUGUUUCAAUAAUUUUGUUACUGUUUUAUGCAUUUUUUAUUUUCUAUUUUUUCAGAGCGGAAUGUGCUUGAUAACACCCCAAGAUGGUAUCUGUUAGAAUCAGUAGAACAACAAUCAUCGGAGGAGAUGCUUCCGGUAACAUCUACAAUUUACGACAGACCUGUGAAACAAAAUUUUUUUUACAACCCCUGUAAGUGUCCUAUUGAUUCUUAAGUUGUUUCAAUUUUAGCAAAUCUGGAUCUCGGAUACCCUGCCAUAUAA